AAUUUUUUCACGCAGUUUCUUCCUUACAAAUUAGUUGCUGGGCGCUGCUGUAUGCCUGUGAACCUUUUCUGUUGUUGAAAGGGAGGUGGGCUGCUUCUGUCGGUUUUUCUUGAGGAUCGCUUUUCGUUUCGUAUUUUAGUCCCUAAAGUGGUAGACAAAGAGUGACAUUUUGUAUGCUUACAACGUAGAUUUACCUACUACAUAUUACAUAUGUACAUAUUCAUGUACAUUGUGCAGAGUAUCCGAGAACUAAUUUCAACUCAUCCAUCCUUUUUUUAUUUCAGGUUUACGAGAGGCAUCUACAAUGUCUGUUUUGUCAUUCUGCUACUACUCGUUGCUGCUUCGAAUGUCUUGGCACGUCCGCAGCGGUAUGCACAUAUUGCUGUUAUCGAAAAUGACGCAUACGAAGAGUCCUUGCCCAAUGCGCUGAGAAAUCCUUUCUACAAGACGCCACGCGUACGUGAAGUGCUAGCCAAGUCAAGUUGGUUCGGACCAGGCGAGGAACCGGUCUACGAACGGCAGGCGGAGAAAAUACCACGCGCUGAGAUCUACAAUGUGCUCGCGCAUGCUGGAUUCAUUAGUCGAAGAGGAAAAUUAAUUUGAUUUGCAGAAGAAAUACAUAGAUGUUUUUAA